AGGAGUGGAGUCCCCCGUCCCGCCCGCCUGCACCGUGGCGCCGGGUCGACCCCUGUGACAGCUGGAUGCUGGGCCCGGUCUCCCGUGGUCUCCUCGCCACACCGUCCCGGGUGGAGGAGGGUCUUAGCGGGAUGAGCCUGGAAGUGGAGAGAAAGUUUAUAUGCGACGCUGACACUCUGAAGACUCUGGAGGAGCUCAGGGCCUUCUGUGUUGGUCAGCAACAGUUUCAAGACCAGUAUUUUGACAACCCCCAGUUUGAUUUGACAUUGAGAGACAUGUGGCUGCGUAAACGUAAAGGAUGCUGGGAGCUCAAGUGUCCAGUAGAGGAGACAAGUGGGGAGCAAAGUAGAGCGGCAGCACUGUGCAGUCGCUACAAGGAGAUAACCACCCUGCCUGAAAUUCAGCUGAGAGUGGCAGAGGUCAUCCCAGACGUUUGUGAGCACAGAGACGCAGAGAAGGCCUCCUCACACCAGGACGACUCUUGGCUGAGCAGAAGGAAUCUGGCAUGCUUUGCCGAGUUUACGACGUCGAGGCAGUCAUUCAAGUUAGAGGAGGGGGGCGUGCAGAUAGAUCUGGACCAGGCGGACUUUGGCUACCAUGUGGGGGAGCUAGAGGUGAUCGUACCUGAGGGAGGAGAUGUGCAGGCCGCUCUGGAGAAGAUAGAAAGAACAGCUCAAAAGCUGGGUCUGACCGGAGAUCAGCGAGUUGAGGGGAAAAUGAACGUUUUCCUCAAAAGAUAUCACCCAGAGCACUACGCGAAAUUGCUAAGUGCGCACAUUUUAUGAGAGACCACUGAUGGUUUUAACAUGUGUAUAAAGUGAGAUAUUAUUUAUUAAAGAAACAUUAUCUAAAAUGUGCCAGUAACUGUAGGGAUGCUCAAAGUUUACGUGUAUUUCCAAGACAUUUCCUGUACAUUCAAGUUUGGUAAAGCAACAGACCCUCUCCUCUCAACCUGAAUUGUUGAUAUUGUCCAAUGUACUGCAAACAACAGUUGUGUGAGACUAACUGUAAAUACUGAAAAUAAACGCGGUGACAUACUCUCCA